UGCAAUGCUGUCUGUCACAGGGGAGAUGGAUCAUUUCAUUUCCUAAAAUGCUUUCCAGCACAGAGAGGAUUUCCCCUUCCCACUGGCAGUACACUACAGCUGCUGCUGAUCAUAUACACAUCGCUGGACUGGGAUCCAACGGGAGAUCAGCGGAGACAAUGGGUGACAUCUCCAAGGCUUGGUGCUCCAUGGGCACCCUGUAUCCAGUAGUCUGAUGAUCUGCAAGGUGCAAAGGUGCAGCUGAGUCUUCUUUACAAUAGUAUCAGCUAUUGCAAUGGAUAUUUCCCCUGGAUCUGAUUGCUUUCCUCUUACCUGAAGCUGGAUGGUCGUACACACUACCACUCUUUCUGUUGGGGAUGCUGAAAACUCUGUGGAUCAUUAAUAUGGGUGCCAACAACUCUCACAAAACUCCAGUAUUCGACGAGAAUGAAGAUGUUGAUUUUGACCACUUUCAAAUACUACGAGCUAUUGGAAAGGGGAGUUUCGGAAAGGUGUGCAUUGUGCAAAAGCGAGAUUCGAAAAAAAUGUAUGCCAUGAAGUAUAUGAACAAACAGAAAUGCAUUGAAAGGGAUGAAGUGAGAAAUGUCUUCAGAGAACUCCAGAUCAUGCAGUGCCUUGAACAUCCUUUUCUGGUAAACCUAUGGUAUUCUUUCCAAGAUGAAGAAGACAUGUUUAUGGUGGUGGACUUGUUGCUUGGAGGCGAUUUACGCUAUCACUUGCAGCAGAAUGUGCAUUUUAAUGAGGAAGCUGUUAAACUCUACAUCUGUGAAAUCUCACUUGCCCUGGACUAUUUACAGAAGAACUAUAUCAUCCAUAGAGAUAUCAAGCCUGAUAACAUCUUACUGGAUGAACACGGACAUGUUCAUAUUACUGAUUUUAACAUCGCCACCAUUGUAAAAGGAUCAGAGAAAGCAUCCUCUAUGGCGGGAACGAAGCCUUACAUGGCUCCAGAGGUGUUCCAGUCAUUCAUGGAGGUGGGACCUGGAUAUUCGUAUCCUGUAGAUUGGUGGUCGUUGGGAAUUACAGCUUAUGAGCUACUGAGAGGUUGGAGACCUUAUGAAAUUCAUUCAACGACGCCAAUUGAUGAAAUUCUGAACAUGUUCAGGGUAGAACAAGUGUAUUAUUCUUCCACGUGGUGCAAGAGCAUGGUGGCAUUACUUAAGAAGCUUCUUACUAAGGAUCCAGAUUGCAGAUUUUCAAGUUUCUCAGACAUUCAAAGCUCCCCUUACCUGGCAGAUAUAAACUGGGAUGCAGUUUUGGAAAAAGCUGCCCCCCCAAGCUUUGUCCCGAAUAAAGGAAGAUUGAACUGUGAUCCAACCUUUGAACUAGAAGAAAUGAUUUUAGAGUCCAAGCCGCUCCAUAAAAAGAAGAAAAGACUUGCCAAAUAUAAAUCAAAAGAGGCCUCCAAAGAAAGCUGCCCUAUGAACGGGCACCUGCAGCAGUGCUUGGAAACAGUGAGGAAAGAAUUCAUCAUAUUCAACAGAGAAAAGCUGAGAAAACAACCUGAGCAAUGCGGACACACGCCAAAUGGAGAACGCAGAGGUCACGGCCAGCCACACUUAAAGCUGCAAGACGGACAUAGCACCAACAACAACGUUCUAGUUCAAGGUUGCACCCGGGGUUACAGCAGCUAGUCCCUCGCGAAGGAGAUGGUGGGACGAUUAUGGGUUCAUUGCAUGCCUUCACACAAAACCGCGAACUGCUCUUUAACAUGUGAUCUAUUUACACAGCGUCCAAGCACAGCCUAGCACUAGAACCUUUUACACGUGGCACAAAUGUUUCUUUUGUAAAAUACGAUCUAAAUAUACGGGAAAAAAAAUGUUACAUUCCAUUUUUGAGUGGGGAAAAAAAAUAUGACCUUUUACAAUGUCCUGGAAUAAAACUUGAACAUAGAUUUUAGUUGUUAUGCUUUUUUAGAGAUAUUAUAUAUGGUGUAUGGUCCGCAAAUGAUUCAUUUUAAAUGAAUAACAUUUGCAAACAUAAAGGGAAGCCACGGGACACAAAUUCUAAGUGUCACAUACGCUAUAUAGAAGCACAGUGUGGUAUCUAAGUAUUUCCGUAUUCCUAUUUGAAUACUUAAUUGAUCUGCCAAUCUGGAACUCACCAUU